AUGGGCAACGACGGCGGCAGCAUCCCAACGCGCCGCGAGCUCGUCAAAACAGCCGCUACCAACCCCUCCACAACCGACCUCAAAGAAAAACAGCGGGAGCACCUCGCGCACCGCUGGUCGCAAUGUCCCCUGUCACAUCGCGCGCUCGUGCCGCCGAUUGUGAGCGAUCAUACUGGUGAUCUGUAUAACAAAGAUGCGGUGCUGCAGUUCUUGCUGCCGGAGGAGGUCGGCGGGUUGGGGAGGGAGGAGAGGGAGGGGUAUGAGGCGUGGUUGCGGGGACGGGUGAAGGGGCUUAAGGAUGUUGUGGAAUUGAAAUUCCAGGUCGAGGGUGGUGACGAGGCAGAGAAGAAGGGAGGGGAUGAGAAGUGGGUGUGUCCGAUCACGGGAAAGGAGUUAGGAGUUGGGGUGAAGAGUGUGUAUGUUGUGCCGUGUGGGCACGCGUUUAGUGCGGAGGCGGUGAGGGAGGUGGGGAAGGCGGGGACGAAGGGGGAGUGUAGUGUUUGCGGGCAGGGUUAUGAGGUCGAGAGGGAUGUGGUGCCGAUAUUGCCGAGUUCGGAGGAGGAUAAGGAGUUUGUGAGGCGGCGGAUGGAGGGGUUGAGGGAGAAGGGGUUGAGUCAUAGUCUGAAGAAGGAUAAGGGUGGGAAGAAGAGGAAGAAGGGCGUCGAAGAGAGCGAGAAGGAACAGAUUGGCGAGAAGACGACCAAGGUCGAUGGGACGGCAACGAAAACAUCGAAUGGGAUCAAGAAUUCAGCAACGGCUAGUCUGGCGAAGAAGGUGCUCGAGGAGGAAGAGGCGAAGAAGAAGCGGAGGCUGGACAACGAGAACAUCAGUUCGUUGUAUGCGAAGAAGACGAGUGGGCUGGACAAGCAGAAGGACGGCAACUUCAUGACAAGGGGAUUUUCGGUCAAGUGA